CGGGCGCCGAGGCGCUGCAGGCCUCACCCCACUCCGCCGCCCGCAGGACAUCUCUGAUUCAUUUGCAUCCUUGAAGAGCAUCUGCAGAAGAGGAAGGAAAAGAUGGGUGUGAAAACAUUUACUCAUAGUUCCUCUUCCCACAGCCAGGAAAUGCUUGGAAAGCUAAAUAUGCUGCGAAAUGAUGGCCAUUUCUGUGAUAUCACUAUCCGCGUCCAGGACAAAGUCUUCCGGGCACAUAAGGUGGUGCUAGCAGCUUGCAGUGACUUCUUUCGCACCAAACUUGUAGGCCAGGCAGAGGAUGACAACAAGAAUGUGUUGGAUCUGCAUCAUGUUACAGUGACUGGCUUUAUACCCCUUUUAGAAUAUGCUUACACAGCCACUCUGUCAAUUAACACAGAAAAUAUCAUUGAUGUUCUAGCUGCAGCCAGCUAUAUGCAGAUGUUCAGUGUUGCUAGCACCUGCUCAGAGUUCAUGAAAUCAAGCAUUUUAUGGAAUACACCCAAUAGCCAACCAGAAAAGAGUCUAGAUGCUGGACAAGAAAAUAACUCCAACUGCAAUUUUACUUCUCGAGAUGGAAGCAUUUCUCCAGUGUCUUCAGAGUGCAGUGUGGUAGAAAGAACCAUUCCUGUCUGCCGAGAAUCCCGGAGAAAGCGCAAAAGCUACAUUGUGAUGUCUCCUGAAAGUCCUGUAAAGUGUAGCACACAAACAAGUUCUCCCCAGGUAUUAAAUUCUUCAGCUCCCUACUCAGAAAAUAGAAAUCAACCAGUUGACUCUUCUCUAGCUUUUCCCUGGACUUUCCCUUUUGGAAUUGAUCGAAGGAUUCAGCCUGAUAAGGUUAAGCCAGCAGAAAAUACCCGGACUUUAGAAUUACCUGGCCCAUCUGAGACAGGUAGAAGAAUGGCUGAAUAUGUGACUUGUGAGAGCACAAAGACUACCUUGCCUCUGGGUACUGAGGAAGAUGUCCGGGUCAAAGUAGAAAGGUUAAGUGAUGAGGAGGUCCAUGAGGAAGUAUCCCAGCCUGUCAGUGCCUCUCAGAGUUCACUGAGUGAUCAGCAGACAGUGCCAGGAAGUGAGCAAGUCCAAGAGGACCUUCUGAUUAGUCCGCAGUCUUCCUCUAUAGGCUCAGUAGAUGAAGGCGUCACUGAAGGCUUACCUACACUUCAGAGCACUUCCAGCACUAAUGCUCACACAGAGGAUGAUGACCGGUUAGUCCUGAAACAGCGUGUCGUUUUCUUAUUGGAAAAUGCUCAGUAUCCCUACCAACUCUACAUUGCUCCUCCCACCAGCAGCACAGAACGACCAGGUCCAAAUGGUCCAGACAGACCUUUUCAGUGUCCCACCUGUGGGGUGCGAUUCACCCGUAUUCAGAACCUGAAACAGCACAUGCUCAUCCACUCAGGAAUUAAACCAUUUCAGUGUGACCGCUGUGGGAAAAAGUUCACCAGGGCUUACUCGCUAAAGAUGCAUCGCCUAAAGCAUGAAGGUAAACGCUGUUUCCGGUGCCAGAUAUGUAGUGCCACUUUCACUUCCUUCGGGGAAUAUAAACACCACAUGAGGGUUUCCCGGCACAUUAUCCGCAAGCCUCGGAUUUACGAGUGCAAAACAUGUGGCGCCAUGUUCACCAACUCUGGGAAUUUAAUCGUGCACCUGAGGAGUCUGAACCAUGAAGCGUCAGAGCUAGCAAACUACUUCCAGAGCAGUGAUUUCCUAGUACCGGACUACUUAAACCAGGAGCCGGAAGAUACCCUUGUUCAAUAUGACCUUGGAGAACACAGUUUUGAAAGCAGCUCCUCUGUUCAGAUGCCUGUGAUUUCACAGGUCUCCUCGACCCAGAAUUGUGAAAGCAGUUUUCCUCUGGGGUCUCUUGGUGAGCUGGCAGAAAAAGAGGAAGAAAUGCCAGACCAGCCAAAGACCAGUGUUUGUGCCGAGGCAACCAGAGAUGACCCCCCAAAAUCAGAGCUGUCUUCUAUAACUAUUGAGUAAUUUCUUGUUUGGGCUUCAUUUUUGAUUUUUGGAAAGUGCCUGUGCUUGGUCUUGUACAUUUAAAUUUAAUUUAAUUUUUUAAAUGAAAAAAGGGUUUGUGGAAGAAUUUCCCUUUUUAUUUUGUAAGCCCUGCAAGUAGUGUUUUAUUUUUCAUGACAGAGAGAUUGUUUCUGUAAGUGCACAAUGAUGUGAUGUUGAAACAUAAUAGAAACCUUGAGACUUAAGGAGAACCAGUUGACUUAAAAAAACUUGUAUCAGUUUCCUCUUCUGUUGUUAAGAGUAGGCUAACAACAGAUCAUUAGGUGAAAAAGAAAUCAGAUGAUUAUUAACCUUCCUGAGAUGAAAGGAUACACCAGAAACAAAUGACUAAAUGAAUUUGGGUGACUUGAGUAGAUGUUUACUCCUGUUCACAGGAUAUUUUACAGUCUUUUGUAAAGCCUGUUGUUUUGGAAGUAUUUAUGGUAAGCUUUCUUAAAAAUUAUUAGGGUAUAUACUUGUGAAAUCCAAAGUAUUCUUUUUUUUAAAGCUUUGUCAUUAUGAUUUUUCAUGGUGAAAAUCUGGUAUUGGGAUAGGUACUCCCUGUACCUCUGUGUAGUACCACUCCUCGAAGUGAUCUUUCUUCUAUGAAAGAAGGCAAAGAACCACGGUCGAGAAUAGUCAAGCGUGCAUAACAGGAAAGGAGAGCACAGUAUGUGAACCUCAGCUUCUUAGGGACUCUUACAUACUGCUUUUCUGGCUGAAAUUGUCGUUUGCCUGGUCUUUGAAUGUUAACGCCCGGCUAAGUAAGUCAUUGCCUGAAUCCGUUUGGUCUUACCCCAUCAGCAGCACUUUCUCUUGCCUAUACUUGGCCUGAUCCCAUAAAAAGGAAAAAAUACUGGAGAUGUUCUAUAUUUUAUAUAUAGGUUGUUGUAUUGUUUGGGGAUGUUUUGGACAAAAUAAAGACUUCUCUGUUAAGGCUACAUUCUUAACCCAACUGACAUUGUUUACAAAAAAAACCCACAUGACAGCGAUACAUUGUCCUUGUUCCAAAAUAUCUUUGGACGUUGCCAAAUAUCUUAUUAAAAGUAUAGUUUUUACACACUGUAAGCAAUAAAGUAGAAGAUGAAAAGAGGCUAUAAAAUGAUGAUCUAUAACUCAAAUCUGAGGGGAGAAAAAGAAUUAAGGCUAGAAAAAAACUAAAAAUUUUAAAUUAAUGAAUAUUACCUCUUUUGCUGCUGAGAAAAAAAAAAACUUCCUGGGUUACAGUUGAAAUAUACAAGAUACUCUGGACUGGAGUGUACGUUUUCUCUGGUGCCGUUAAAGCAUCUCUGACCUUGAUCCUAAAUAUUCAUGAGUCCACAAACAGUGAACUUUGGAGUAACUUUUUUUCUGCGUAUAUACCCAAAGUUUAAUAAUUAUGAAAGCACCUGAUUAUAGAUGAGAAAAAGAAACAAAAUAUAGUUUCUUACUCAAAACACAAGAUCUCAAUUUUGGGUGCUAGACCUUAAUAAUAAAAUAUAUUUUUAAGUUACAGUUAUUUAAUUGUUUCAUUUUUUAAUUGGCUGAUUCUGUAAUUUAUUUUAUCCCCUACAGAUGUAAAGGAAGGGAUGUGAACUCAUUGAAGACCUUUAGAUUGAUGUUUUUUCCAUAUUCUGCUGUUUUUAACUUGCUUCUGAGUCCAUUUCUCACUCAUGAACCUGUUUUUCCCUCUUUGCUCCCAAGCAUAGGUGUAGUACUUUCAGGAGAACUAACAUAUGCAGGUCAUGACGGCCUUCCACCAUUUACACUUCUUCACUCUAAGAGGUGGAAUUACCACAACUGUGAGACUUGUUAGUAGCAGUGCUGCUGUGUCUCAGCUGGAAAGGUCGGAAAUUUUUAAUUCUGAUGUCAUAUAGAUUCUUUGAAAACUAUUAUGCCUACCAGUAGUUAAAUCUCAAAGUUAAUUUUAAAAUCUUAGAGGGACAAGACAAAGAGUAGGUAAAAUUAUGAUCAGAAGUCAUUGUUGCCCUCAGUCCUAAGAGUUAUUUUUUAAAAAGAAGGAAGGAAGGAAGAAAAGAAGGAAAGAAAUUGAGUUAAUGAGAAAAACUGUAUCAGAACUAUUUGGGGAUUUGCUGGUUAAAAGUGUUUUUAGCACACCCCCUGUCCUGAGAAUUUUGCAUUAAUAGGGACCUCCACAAUUUUGGCACCUUUGAGGUGUUCUGUGUUCUCAGAAUACCAUCUAAUGGCUAUGUUUUUCCGAAUGGAAACUUAAGAUUUUCAUUGGUCAUUACAAAUUACACAGAUUCCGAGUUUUAUGAAACAUUUGAAUAUACCGCGAAAAUGCCUGUUGGUUGGUUGUCUGCUCCCCAAAUCUUAUCAGUACAGUACUUAACAUAUGAUAUUUCAGUGAGACUCUGCAAUUUCCUUCAUACACAGUUUAAGGAUAUUUAGCUUAUGGAUCUGUCUUAGGAAACUAAGCUACAAGGGAUAAUUGUUAUAUAGUUAUUUAGAUUUAUUUAAAAUUCAUCUAAGAGAAGGAUGCCUGGCUGUAUAGUUUUUACCAGAAUAUGGGAAAACAUUGCAAAGAGAUGAAAACCAGUUACAUUAUCCCACCCACUAGAAAUUGCCAGUGUAACUAAACAAAAAAUUCCAGUUUAGAACACUUUAGCAUAGCUGUCUUUCUUAAAGGCCCAAGGGGGUAACUUUGUGAUAUUUAAAGGGCUUAAAUUUUAGGGUGCAGGAUAAAUUGCCUUUUUAAACCAAGUAUUUUAUAUAAGAAAAGCAUUUAUUUUUCAUUGUAAAGCUACCGAGUAGGUGUGAUAGACAUACGUUAGACGUGAGCAGAGACGUUUGCUGUGUUACAGCUCCUGUGGUCAUUCUUUGCUUCGUUAAGGGUGUCUUCUAACAGUGGGAGCAUCCAGCAUGUCAGUGAUCGUAGUCGCUCAGAAACAAAAUCGUUAAUAUUGGGUUUUUUUGAAUUUUAAGUUUUCGAGAUAGGAACGCAGAUGGUGGUCAUCACCCACAAAUGUAUUUAAAUGGGUAUUUCCUACUUUGAACUUAAAAUAACCUUAAUUCUUAUUUUAAAUAAUUAGUUAUAUAUUUAGUUAACAUUGCCAGUUUUUAAAGCUCUCAAUUUCAGUGAGACAAAGUAUACUAAAAUGUUUAAAUAGCCUCAUUCAAUCUUACAUUUUAACAUUUCAGCAACCGUUCUGAGUUACACUAAUUUGGUUCCAUGUUAUAACACAUGCCGUUUGGUUUUAAAAACUUAACAUUUUGUUAAAAUAUUUUACCAAGAGGAAUGAACUAGUCAGCACAUCUAAUAUGCACUCAUCGUUGGUAACUCUGUUACCUUCUAACUACUGAGCCAGUCUCUCCCUAUGUAGAAGUGGUUCCCCAGGAGCCUUUAGAAGCUGUAUGAACUCUUUUAAGUCUUUUAUCUCUUACUAUUUUUUAUUCUCAUACUUAAUCUAAAUAGAGACCAGUUGUCUAGUUCAGUGGCUUUUAUUUUGAAGAUUCUCAGAUCAUGUUUUAGUUUCUUUUAGCUUUGUAGCCCCUGAAAAUUGCAUUGCUGUAUAAUAUAAUGGCAGUUUGUACUAGUGUACCAUGUGGAGAGAAUUACUCUUAUUACGUGAUGAAUGAUAAUAUUAUAACUGAAAGGAGAUUUGAGGAAUUGAAAAGAAUUAGAAACUUUCAUGUGGCACUCUUAUUUUGACUCAUCUGCAAACUGUCAAGUUACAGCUCUGGACUAUGCAUGCAAAUGAGGGAAAAUCAUUUUCUAAAUAUUAUAUUAAUCGAGAGGGAAAAAAACUAGUAAAGUUCACUUUUGGAAGUGACCCAAAGUUGCUAAAAGGUAGUAAAUGUGGUUUUCACUAUUAAGUUAUUGGCUUAAGAUGAUUUGUUUAUAAUAUAUUUAGAUUUUGAAAGUUCCUGAGAAAGAAUGUGUACAAACUAGAUUUCCUUUUCUGAAUCAGUGGAGCAGAACUGAGGGGUUCUCUAUUACAGUAAACAUGUCUAUGAGGAACGCUUAUAGCUAAGCAUACUCUGACAGGCUUUAAGCUCAGUUCGUGAAAAUUUAAAUUAUUACUUAUUUUGCCUAUACUCAUUUUUAUCUUGCAGUGUCAUUUUUGCUUGACAGAAUGUUGGUUACUUAGGAUACUUUUAUGUGGGAGGUUCCUCAGCAAAACAGAUUUGCCAAAAGCAAUAAUGGUUCAGAUGAAACAGUGAAGUGGAAUUGAACCAAUUUGUAGGUUCAACUAAGGAGCAGAAGUUCUGUGGGUAUUUCAUGUUUAGAUUAUAAAUACGUAGAGAUUUAUGAUGGGGAGUUAAGCCUGUCAGACUGGGAUGAAGACUCUUAGUGACAUGAUAGUUGUACUUUUUUUUUAACUUCAUACUCAACUACUACAGUUAGAUAUUUCUACUAUGUCAUAGUGAUUGUAUUUUUAUGAUAGAAAAAAAUGGCUAGUUCUUUGUCUUUACAAAUAGUCUCUGCAGAGAUGUUAGGAGACAAUGUUAUUGGCAUCUCAACUUGGCAGUAUCUGAAAACUAGACUGCCUUAAAGUGCUUACGCUACUUCACUCAUGUAGCUCCCUUGCACAGCGGCCAGGCCAGUUCCAGUUCAUACCGAGGUUUCUAUGUACGUAAUAGUUUACAAAGAAUUUAAGAGUUCAGACCAAGACCACUGGUUCAAAACAACUGUUUUUUUAAUUUUUUUAAACUUAAAAUUUUUAAAUUUCAGUUUGAAGUGCCUGGUUUAUAAAAUCAAAUUCUUUGAUUAUUGCCUUUCUCUUUUAAAUGUCUAGUUUUGCUGAUUAAGCUUAAAGCCCUGGUCUCAAUGUGAUGAUUUAUUGAUAAAAUUGCUGCUUGAUGGUUUGAGGGCCUACAGUGUCAUGACUUUUAUUAAAUUGUCCUUGUUUUCCCAAACACCAGUCUAAUCAUAUCCAGAUUUCAUUAUUCAAUUAAAUAAGUUUAAAAAUCAUCCUGUAAAUGAAUGUCAAGGCUACCAAAGUGUAUCACCUGGUGAGGAAGGAUAAAUCUUCCCUACGUUAAGAAGAGCCAUCAUCUCCUCUAAACACACACUAUUUCCUUGGUAUUAGUGGGAGCUGUGUUCGUUUAUAGAUGGGAAGCCUUUUGUGUAGUUCCCAGAAAGACCUGCUUUUUCUAGAAAGAACCUUUUCUAUGACUAGGUUAGAAGUGUGUUUUCUUAAAGAGCUUUCUUCUAUUUCAGUUAUCAGUUUAGUUUUCAAGCUGACACGUGCUGUGUAAAGUCUCUCAUACUGAGAGUAGUCCACUGAACUAUUGAAAGUUGCACUGCUGUUCAUCUUUUCAGGUGCCUGAAGUGAAUGCCAUCAGGUAUUUGGAAGGAGUAAGAUCAUAAACUGUAUUCAUUUUCUUCCUUACACAAAGUGAUGGCUUCUAAUGCAUUUAUUGUCAAGAUAUUUUUUAAAAAGAAGUCUCUAAUAGAGUGAAAUUUGGUUUUGAUCCAGGUCCCAAUAAUAUAUUUGAUCUUUCAGUUGUUGCUGGUGCCUCCUUCGCAUCAGAUAGAGAUUGCCUGCCUCUUCGUAAGGCACUUGUGGCACCUUAUGUCCAGUUGGAAGAUAGUAUAUGGCUUCUUUUUGCCUCUGCUAUCUUUUCAAAAGCCAUUUUAUAAAAAUCCUAGGUAGCCUAUUUUAAUAUUUAAAUAUAUAUAUUUGUGAGAGAUAAUUCUAGAACAGACUUUUUUUUACCUUUAAAAUUCCUGUAUUCCCAUUUUUAAGAGCAAAUUUAAACUUUCCAGGAUUAGAACUUUUUUUUUCCACAGCAACAUAAUGAAAAAGUCAAAUUGAGUUAAUAGACCAUAAUUCAGUGAUAGAAGAAAUUGAUGUCUGGUUAAAGGAAACAGAUGUGAAGGGGAAAAAUUGUUUUAAUGUAACAAAUGAAUUUUUAAAUAAAAUUGUUUUGUUCCUGUAAUUUCAUAUUUGCUGCUACAGUAACUCCAUAUUUUACAGAGCUAACAUAUAAAUCUGGCUCCAUUUAAAAACUGGAGUACUUUCUAGUACCACCAGCCUAGGGAGCAACUGUGCACCACAGUCUUCAGAUGGGUGACUGGCGGCUUUGUUGUAGCUGAUGCAUGCUUUAAAAUUUGCCUACAGCCCAGUCAAGGAAGUUUGGGAGAAGCUUCUUUCUCUUGCUGUUACAGCAUUAUGAUUCCCUUUGGGCACUGGCAUUUUGUAAAACCCUUGGGGGGGGGGGCGAUGCUGGGGAAGAAAUGUGAAUUAUGCUGAUGGGUGUUUUCAUGUCUUCUACCCUCUCCUGGAACCAGUACAGCGUUCUUACCUGUGCCAGGCCCUGGUUCACCAACCUUGUAUCCAGUUGUCAUCUCAUUCAGGUUUGGCUUUACUUGGUGACAGUGGCCAUAGCUAAGUUACUUGGCAUGUUUGACUUUAAGCAGUAACAAAAAUGGUUUUGGAUUUUGUUUUAUUUCCUAACAAUGUAUACGAUGUCAGAACUUCACAUUUUAUAUACUAGUUAUCUGGCUAUUAGUAUUUUACAGGAACUGUAGUUCUUGGUGACUACAUAUAUAUAUAUAUAUAUAUUUUUGUGACUUUUUGUAUACUAAGUGCCGUUUCAAUGUUACAGUCAUUUUUAGAGUCACUGUAAUCAAUGUGAAUAUCAUGGUUUUCCGAUCGGUUCUGAGCCGUAGUGUUUGCUUUGUGAAUAAUCUGUGUGUAUUGUACAUAUCCUGUAUAGUUACCUUGUACUGAAAUAUUAGCUGGUUUGAUAUAAGGGAAGUAUGUAUUGAGUACUUUUUUGCUAGCCUGGUUGUUUAAUCUUUUUAAAAAAGGUUUAAACUUUAAAAAAAAACUUUAAACUGGCCUUUAUUACAUGGUCACAAAUAAAGUUUCACUUAGAAGGAAUGGGCAGGGAAAACAUAGUUUUGAGUGUCUUUGAAUAGAAACAUAAGACUAAGAUUUGGGGUUUUUUCCCCUCAUUAAAAUAUCUUAUUAAUGCUUUAUGAAGUAAAA